CCCCACACUAAACUUAGUUUCGAUUUCAAGCAGAAACGUCUCGAAGGUUUGGAGCGGUGAGAAAAAUUCACCUCUACUGGAAACCGGACCAACUCGGAUUAAAAAAAGACAACACAAUCGGUGUGGGACGGCACCUCGGUCUGACGGCACUCUGGGGGUCAGAGGAAGGCCAGUAUCAGGAUGGAGCAGAGGUCAGACUCUCCUGAACCCAGCUGUGUGUCCAUGAAGAGUGACCAGUCUAAAGAUGACAUAGUUUACUUCAAACAACCUGCAGAUAAAAGUAUCAGGAUGGAGCAGAGGUCAGACUCUCCUGAACCCAGCUGUGUGUCCAUGAAGAGUGACCAGUCUAAAGAUGACAUAGUUUACUUCAAACAACCUGCAGAUAAAAGUAUCAGGAUGGAGCAGAGGUCAGACUCUCCUGAACCCAGCUGUGUGUCCAUGAAGAGUGACCAGUCUAAAGAUGACAUAGUUUACUUCAAACAACCUGCAGAUAAAAGUAUCAGGAUGGAGCAGAGGUCAGACUCUCCUGAACCCAGCUGUGUGUCCAUGAAGAGUGACCAGUCUAAAGAUGACAUAGUUUACUUCAAACAACCUGCAGAUAAAAGUAUCAGGAUGGAGCAGAGGUCAGACUCUCCUGAACCCAGCUGUGUGUCCAUGAAGAGUGACCAGUCUAAAGAUGACAUAGUUUACUUCAAACAACCUGCAGAUAAAAGAGGUCAGCUGGAAACAUCAGAGUUCUUCAAUGAUCAGUCCAAGCAGCAUAAAACAGACCUGGACACCAGCAGAGAGGCUUUUCUGAACAUCACAGAGAGGAUGCAGCAGAACGAACUGGCUGACUGUCUGAGGAACAGAACUCCUGCUUCAGUUUGCCAACAUAAACUCAAGUCUAACCUGAAGAAGAAGUUCCAGUGUGUAUUUGAGGGGAUUGCCAAAGCAGGAAACCCGACCCCUCUGAAUCAGAUCUACACAGUGCUCCACAUCACUGAGGGAGGGACUGGAGAGGUAAACGAUGAGCACGAGGUCAGACAGAUUGAAACAACAUCCAGGAAAGCACACAGACCAGAAACUACCAUCAGACAAGAAGACAUCUUUAAAGCUCCACCUGGAAGAGAUGAACCAAUCAGAACAGUGAUGACCAAGGGCGUGGCUGGCAUUGGGAAAACAGUCUUAACACAGAAGUUCACUCUGGACUGGGCUGAAGGCAAAGCCAACCAGGACAUCCAGUUCAUAUUUCCAUUCACUUUCAGAGAGCUGAAUGUGCUGAAAGAGAAGAAGUUCAGCUUUGUGGAGCUCAUUCAUCACUUCUUUACUGAAACCAACGAAGCAGGACUCUGGAGGUUUGACGGGUUCAAGGUGGUGUUCAUCUUUGACGGUCUGGACGAGUGUCGACUUCCUCUGGACUUCCACAAAACUAAAAUCCUAACUGAUGUCACAAAGUCCACCUCAGUGGAUGUGCUGCUGACAAACCUCAUCAGGGGGAACCUGCUUCCAUCUGCUUGCCUCUGGAUAACCACACGACCUGCAGCAGCCAAUCAGAUCCCUCCUGAGUGUGUUGACAUGGUGACAGAGGUCAGAGGGUUCACUGACCCUCAGAAGGAGGAGUACAUCAGGAAGAGAUUCAGAGAGGAGGAGCAGGCCAGCACAAUCAUCUCCCACAUCAAGACAUCCCGAAGCCUCCACAUCAUGUGCCACAUCCCGGUCUUCUGCUGGAUCACUGCUACAGUUCUGGAGGAUCUGCUAAAGACCAGAGAGGGAGGAGAGCUGCCCAAGACCCUGACUGAGAUGUUCAUCUACUUCCUGGUGGUUCAGACCAAAGUGAAGAGCAUCAAGUAUGAUGGAGGAGCUGAGACUGAUACACUCUGGAAUAAAAAGAGCAGGAAGAUGAUCGAGUCUCUGGGAAAACUGGCUUUUGAGCAGCUGCAGAAAGGAAACCUGAUCUUCUAUGAACCAGACCUGAUGGAGGGUGGCAUCGAUAUCAGAUCAGCCUCGGUGUACUCAGGAGUGUUCACACAGGUCUUUAGAGAGGAGAGAGGACUGUACCAGGACACGGUGUUCUGCUUCAUCCAUCUGACUGUUCAGGAGUUUCUGGCAGCUCUUCAUGUCCACCAGACCUUCAUCAACUCUGGAGUCAAUCUGAUGAAAGAAGCACAACGAACAUCCAGGAUUUCUAAAAUCUUUAGAACCAGGCCUGAACUUCGAUAUCUCCAUCAGAGUGCUGUAGACCAGGCCUUACUGAGCCCAAAUGGACACCUGGACUUGUUCCUACGCUUCCUCCUGGGUCUGUCACUGACCACCAAUCAGAAUCUCCUACGAGGUCUGCUGACACAAACAGGAAGUGACUCAAAGACCAGACAGGAAACAGUCCAGUACAUCAAGACAAAGAUCAGUGAGGAUCUGUCUGCAGAGAAGAGCAUCAAUCUGUUCCACUGUCUGAAUGAACUGAAUGAUCGUUCCCUAGUGGAGCAGAUCCAACAGUUCCUGAGAUCAGGAUGUCUCUCCACAGAAAGACUGUCUCCUGCUCAGUGGUCAGCUCUGGUCUUCAUUUUACUGUCAUCAGAACAAGAUCUGGACGUGUUUGACCUGAAGAAGUACUCUGCUUCAGAAGAGGCUCUCCUGAGGCUGCUGCCAGUGGUCAAAGCCUCCAACAAAGCUCUGCUGAGUGGCUGUAACCUCUCAGAGAGAAACUGUGGAGCUCUGUCCUCAGUCCUCAGCUCCUCCAGACUGAAAGAGCUGGACCUGAGUAACAACCACCUGCAGGAUUCAGGAGUUGAGCAACUUUGUGGUGGACUUAUGGAUCCAGGUUCUACACUGGAAACUCUCAGGUUGAGUGGCUGUAACAUUUCAGAGAGAAGCUGUGGAGCUCUGUCCUCAGUCCUCAGCUCCUCCAGUCUCAGAGAGCUGGACCUGAGUAACAACCACCUGCAGGAUUCAGGAGUUGAGCAACUUUGUGGUGGACUUAGAGAUCCAGGUUCUACACUGGAAACUCUCAGGCUGAGUGGCUGUAACAUCUCAGAGAGAAGCUGUGGAGCUCUGUCCUCAGUCCUUAGCACCCAGUCCUCCAUUCUUAGAGAUCUGGACCUGAGUAACAACGACCUGCAGGAUUCAGGAGUGACACUGUUGUCUUCUGGACUAGAGAGUCCACACUGCAGACUGGACUCUCUCAGUCUGUCUGGCUGUUUGGUCUCAGAGGAAGGCUGUUCUUCUCUGGCCUCAGCUCUGAGCUCGUCCUGUCUGACAGAGCUGGACCUGAGCUACAAUCAUCCAGGAGAACCAGGAGAGAAACUACUGUCUGCUCUAAAGGAGGAUCCACACUGCAGACUGGAGACACUGAGGCUGGACCAUGGUGGACAGCACAGACUGAAACCAGGUCUAAAGAAGUAUGCCUGUGAGCUGGAAGUGGACACAAACACAGUGGACAGAAAACUCAAACUGUCUGACAACAACAGGAUGGUGACACGGGUGAAGGAGGAUCAGCCAUAUCCUGAUCAUCCAGACAGAUUUGACUGUCAUCAGCUGCUGUGUUGGACUGGUCUGACUGGUCGCUGUUCCUGGGAGGUCGAGUGGAGAGGAUGGGUUAAUUUAUCAGUGAGUUACAGAGGAAUCAGAAGGAGAGGAAACAGAGAUGAAUGUCUGUUUGGAUUUAAUGAUCAGUCCUGGAGUCUGAUCUGCUCAGAUGGUGGUCACUAUGUCUGUCACAAGAGAGAAACAAAAAUCUUCUCCUCCUCUUCAUCCUCUGGUAGAGUAGCAGUGUAUCUGGACCAUCCUGCUGGCUCUCUGUCCUUCUACAGAGUCUCCUCUGACAGACUGAUCCACCUCCACACCUUCAACACCACAUUCACUGAACCGCUCUAUCCUGGGUUUGGGUUAAAUUCAGGUUCCUCAGUGUCUCUGUGUUCUCUGUAGCUCAAACUCUGCUGUCUGAAUCCAAAGCUUAGUCAGACUACACACUAGAUGGUUUAUCAUCUCUGACUAAUCUGAUUUCUUUGAUUCAAAACUUGUCAGUAAUUCUUCUUCACUAGUUGAACUUGUAUUGGUGUAUAUGACAUUGUUUAACUGUUCAGCAUUAAUUUCAUAUGGAGGCAGGUUUUUAGGUAGGCACCAGUCAGGCCAGUUAAAGGGAUACUUCAACAUUUUGGCAAAUUCGCCCAUUGCCAUAAUUCCUAUAGUCUUAGUAAUAGGUUCGUUACUUAUAGUUGUUGGUGCAAGCUGUUGCUAGAUCGGUGCUGCCAAGUUUGGAGCUGCUGUGCCAACUCAAUGUAAGCAGAUGGUUUUCCGGCUUUCCCUCAUGAAACUCAUCAAAUACACAAUCCAGCAACUCCAAAACACUCACGUGGACAAGUUGUGACCCGUACAUUCACCA